GACGUCAAAAAUUUCCUGGCGAAAGCUGUGUUUUUAGAUCUCUUUUCUCCACUAAAAUGUUCAGGAUUUCUCAUAAUUGUUCUCAAAGAAUGAUGCUUAUAAGAAAAGCGCACACUUAUUAUGAUGUUCUGAGGGUGAAGCCGACUUGCUCACAGAAGGAAAUCCGUGAAUCUUUCUUACAACUGUCCAAAGAAUUUCAUCCGGACACUAAUUUGACUGUAACGCAGGAAAGUACAAAGAAGUUUCAGAAGAUUCUCGAGGCAUAUCAAGUUCUAGGAAAGACUGACUCACGAAAGAUUUACGAUGCAGACCUGAGAUUGGUCCAGUCAAAUUCAUCAUCAUCUUCCAGCAAAUCCUAUCCCAGAUUCUACAGGGAUUUCCAUCCGCCAGGAUCUCCAGGAGGUGUCAAGCAAGGCGAGAAUUACUACGGUCUGAAGGGAGUGAAGAGAGUAUCGAAUUAUAUAAUUGUGUUACUCUGUGCGAUAUUUACUGGGAUUGGAGUAACUCUUCAGGUUUUGGCAAUUCGAUCUUCAAUGACUUUCAAGAGGGAAAAUUUAGAUCUCCAAUCCGAGGAGUGUGCACGUCAGCACGCGCAAGCGAAAGCUGAUGCCAAUAAGUACGGAAAUGACUUACAAAUAAAGCGAUUGAUGGAGAAGAUGAGAGGAAAUCGAUAGUAUUUGUGGAGAAAUUUAGCUUUAGUUUUUAGAUAGAAUGGUUUUUGAAUAAAUGAAAUAUUUUCCAGU